AUGGGCAAGGGACAGUCUGAGUCGGUGGACUGUGCCCAUCAUCCGAUCUGCUGGGUGAUCUCUGUGGCCUGGUCGCCGCCCGAGGGUCCCAAAGACGGGCAGCACGCAGUUUGUCCUUCUCAGAGUGCGAGUCUGAGCUUGCACCUGUCUUCCCCAGCCAAAAUCAUCCCCCAGUCCGGUAGCCCGGACUCCCAGGUCUCGCUCCUUGUGCCUCGCAUUUGCCUCACCUUCGGCCCAUUGCUACGGUUUUCUUUGCCAGGCCCGCCUAGGAUGAGAUGGAUCAUGGAUGGGAUCGGCGCUGAUCUCGACAUGUUGGAAACACCACCGGUGAGCGAGGCAAGGGCUGCUAUUCGUAUGUGUUCGACUAUUCGUACAACCAUUUUCAUCUCUGCGGCUUGCCUCGGGAGCAUCGCCUCCGACACCACCUGUCUUGACCAGAGUACGCAGGGUAUUCCCGUUGCAGGGUCAGGUCCUACGACGCGCAGUCAACUAUUCGUAUAUCCAGUUCGCUUCAUCGAGACGAGGCUGCCUCGUGAUUUCAUGUGUGCGUAUCUCAGUCUCAGUUGCCUCCGUGCCUCUGUCCCGCUACCUGAUCAACAUUUUCUAGCAAACGUGGCAGUCAAUUCCCAACCCUCUUCGGGCCACGCGGGCGAAACCCUGUCACGAAGUACAGAGGUUCGUAGCAAAACACAAAAUGGAUUUCCAAUUUCACCGCACCAAGAUUCAUUCCUGCAGCUCAUCAGUGACCACCAGUGCCACCGUCCAUUCGUCGAAGACAGCGGUGGCUUGCCGGGAGCCCAGCACCUAGCCAAACGCGGCAUUUUCACAUUUGGCAUUAUCGUCUCUACCCGCAGCAAGGCCCAGCAAAAACAAAGCUUUACGGAUACGUACUGCAAAUGUGAGUAUAUUGCAUUUUCAUCUUCUGCCGGCUUGGGAGUUGGAUGA